AUGUUGCCCACUGAAUCGGGUUGGAUUCACAAAGGGAUCCAUCAAUACAAUGGUUUCUGGCUCACCACAAACCAAUUGCAACGAACACUAAAUUGUCAAACGUGCUUUCAAGUUCAUGACUCCGACAUCAUCCUUGUAACUUCACCAAAAGCUGGUACCACAUGGCUCAAAGCCCUUGUUUUCACCAUUCUCAACCGUAAGACCCAUGACCCGAACCCACAAUUAGACCCGAACCAAACAUGCCACCUUCACCCUCUCCUCACUACUAAUUCUCAUGAUCUCGUACCCUCCUUAGGGACAGUCCUGUACUUUCAAACGACCAUGCCUGACUUGAGCACUUUCCCAUCACCAAGGCUCUUUGCAACCCAUCUGCCGUAUGAUUUAUUACCAGAGUCUGUGAAGCAGUCAAGGUGUAAGAUUGCAUACUUAUGUAGAAACCCGAAGGACCAGUUUGUGUCUAUGUGGCACUUUGCGAACAAUUUAAGACCAGAAAGUCGAGGGUUGAUUAGGAUUGAGGAUUCAUUCGAUAAGUUUGGUCACGGGAAGACAGUUUUUGGGCCAUUUUGGGAUAUUAGAAGGAGAGCUUAG